AUGGUGGAUCUAACCCCUAAGCCACAUUCAAAAAACCGCCUUGAGCAGCAGCAGCUGCCGCACAUCUAUGCUCGUCAUUCACCGCUAUCUGUCUCUGUUAUCUUUUUUCUUGUGGCACUCGCAACUAUACCGUUGGGUAUCGUCGUUAUCGUGAGCGGGGAUAGAACGACAGAACUUGAUUUUCGUUACGACCAUAUCAACAACUACAAGUUUGUAAUAGGGGCAGCUGGUAAGCACGCUGUCAAUUUCACAUUCAAUGGCACCAUGUUUUCUACUGGCGUCAAAACGCGGCUCAUGUUCUCGUUGUCUACCAGCCUCACACCUCCAGUGUACAUGAUGUAUCGCAUUUCUCCGCUCUUUCAAAACUACCGCUUCUUUACUACAUCCGUGGACCAUGAACAACUUAGGGGCGGUACCGAUGAAGUCAUGAAGAGUUGCGCUCCAUUCCGCUUUCCUGGUGAGGUUAGUGGCGUUAGCGUCGCCGGCUACUACAACCCAUGUGGCGCCUACCCCUGGUUCCUGUUCAACGACAGUAUCAGUUUGUACACGAUGAACGGCACGCUCAUCUGCGACGGCGGCGCCUUCACGCUCAACGGAACGAGUCUGAGGGCAGAUAACAAGUGCGUGAAGACUGGCAUCGCUCUCCGAAGGGAUGUCAACGUAAGAUAUAAGCCCCCAAGAGAGAUCCCCGGCCAAGGUCCGAUGUGGAGUGCAGGCGGCAAUAUGUCAGCCACCGAUCCAUUUCUGAAACAAGGCUACUACUUUGGCGAGCCUGGUCACAAUAUCCCAUCCAGCCUUGACGAGGAUUUGAUGGUGUGGCUCGACCCUGCUUUCACAUCUGAUGUGGCAAAGGACUACCGUAUUAUCAACGUCGGUUUGCCAGCCGGUGACUAUUACUUCGAGAUCAUAGAACAGUUUCCGACUUCACCGUACGGAACAGAGAAGUUUGUGCAACUCGCUACUCGAUCAUGGAUUGGCGGGAAGAACCACCAUCUCGGCGCUUUGCUUAUAUUCAUUGGUGGCGUGGCCUUUAUCACGGCAUUAAUGCUUCUGUCAGCGCAGUGCUUCGUUAUGCCAAGAUAUACAAAGUAG